AUGCCGCGUGGUGAUGACGUAGCGGUCGUCGGUACAUCGGAUGACGAAGAAGCGGUGGGAUGGACGAGCGAUGCUGAGAGCGGCGAGCUCGUGCCCACGCACCGCAGCUCCAAGCAAUGGACCCUGUUCCACACCCGGCCUCGGCGGCGCCUGUGGCAUGCCCAGGUCUGCCGCGACGCGGAGCAGCCAGCUCCGCGUCACCACUUGCGCACGCGAAAACUCUCCCAAAUUCAUCCUUACACCGUCGAAGCUCUGCGCUACCGCCGCGAAUUGUAUGCCAACGACUGGCAAGAUGCCGUCGUGUCUCAGCGUGAAUGGCGACAUUGGCGCAUCCCCGAGCGCAGCACGGACGAUCUCGGCUCGUGGACCGCCCAGGACGAGCGCUCCUCGUCGCCAUCGCUGAUCGAGAGUCUGCCUGAGCGAGCACCCACCUCGCCUGCACGCGCCUCGUCUGCGCCCCCCUCACCCGCGCCCACUUCACCAGCACGCGCCUCGCCAGCGCCUCCUUCGCCGACAUCCUCCGAAGACAGCACAGACUAUGAACGACGAUUCCGCGUCCUCAAGCGCAUGAUGCCGGCUCACAUGGCCCGUGCAUGCAUCGACGACCUUCGCGCUAUGCGACACGGCGACGUCGAUAGCGACGCAGUGACGGACCGCGCCCGAUCCCCGUCACCGCCUCACGAGCUCCAGCCUGGCGAGUCACGCCGACGUAUCCGAGCGCAUGACGGCCCGCCUGCCCCGCUUCUUAGUGAUGCCUCGUCCAGCGAAGAGGACGUGCAUGAACCAUCGCUGACGCUCCAUGACUCGGAUCUGCGAUGGUGGGCCGUGCCCAAACGCGCCGCCUCGCCUGUCCGUGAAGGCGAUGUCAUCGACCGCAUGCUCGCGCGCACGGAAACACGAAAGCCACGGCGGCCCCGUCGCAAAGGAUUCGGACAGUCGUCUAGGCGCGCCGCUGCCUCCCGCCCUCAUCGCUCACAACGUGUCGCUGUGCCCGCAUGGAUCCAGGCAUCCGAGCCAAGGGAGCCGCCGCCGCGCUUCCAUGGACUGCCUACGAAGCGCGCCGAUCUCGGUGCACACGCACGACUGCCCUACAUUCCCGGUCCGCACAGCACGCUCAGUGUGGCUCAGGAGGUCCGGACGACCGUGCCCAUGUCGACAGCGACGCGCCCAAGACCGGUGUCACGGCGCGGACCGAUGCCGAUGCCUUCUGCGCCGCCUCAUACCAUCCCGAAGGAGUGGGAGCGUGCCCCACCGGAGUGGCACGAUGAGCUGCAAGAGCUGCUGGCUUGGGAUGGUGUGCGCCAUAUUCAGUGGGACUUUGGCAUCACGUCCCCCCCGGUUGGCUUGAGCUUUGCACCCGACACCGACCUCGCUCGUGGACGCUUACACGAACUACUGCACUUGGCCCCCGCCACCUCUGAGCCUCCCCCGCUCUGUGUGUAUGAGCGCACGCUGCAUGUAUGGAUGAGCUGGGAAGAAGUCGCCUCCGCCCUCUUGGGCCUCUCGCUCGACGACCAUCGCUCGACGCGAGACCUGCUUCACUUUUUGGGCCUAUGGCUCACAUGGCAGGCUUCGCUGGCUCAUACGGCGCAGCCCAUCGCCUUGACGACAUUCGAUGCACAGGUAGCUUGCGACGCUCUUUGCGCGUGGGCCCAAGACUGGCUGGACCAGCCAUGCUCGCCCGACCUCGUGCUUCGCCUCUUGUGGUUCCGCAUAUGCAUCCUCUGGCGCGCCAUGCACACCGGCACAACGACCGUCACCCACGUCACGGUGCUCGAGGCAACAUACCCGCUCCUUCUUCGCCUCCUCUCGAUGGGCGUGGCCCAUAUCGCCGACGCCCUCACCGCCGCCGGCGCCGUGGACGAUCCCACCGCCGAAAUGUGGGUGUGUAUCAUCCAUCUCCUCCACGCCAUGGAUGACCAGGCGUUUUGGGAUGUGUGGGACCCCGCGUGGGCAGAGUGGCUCAGUUUGACGCGGUCAUCGCCCCUGGUAGCCUGCGAACGAACAUGGUACGCACUCUUUGUCGUAUGCGCGCUCUCGCACUUUCACGCUUCCACAGGCAUGGCCGGCCACACGUCGUACCUGCGUGCCCACUGGCCAGCGGUGCAGCGACUCGUGUCGCGUAUCAAGCUGCGCUUUGACGAGCGCGUAGAGCGCGCAGCGCCUCGCGUGCUCUUGCAAAGACGCGAUGCGUAUAUUCACCUGCUCCUGCGUCGCUGUUUCUUGCUGUGUACGCGCUGGUCUUGGUCUCUCGAGCACGCAGAUGCGAUCCUCAACCACUGGUUUGAUGUGUUCAAUGCUCACCGGCUCGCCGACCUGCCGACUGAGACAGACCACGACUUUGCACCGUUUCUUCGCCGCUUUGAUGUGUCGCUGCUGUACGCGGAGCCCAGCGGCACGGCCUAUCACCAGUUUCUCCAGCUGCUGGGACGUGCGAGCCACGUUCUCUCUAUGGCCGAUGACGCACAGCGUCGCUUGGCGCGCUUGUUUUCGCGCAUGACGCCCGUCCGUGUCAUGGCCUUCACGCACGACAACCCACCGAUCUCCUCCGAGUUUGCGAUGCUCUUCAAUCACUACUCGCUCGUGAUGCUGUUUCUCUACUUUGAGCCGCCAUCGGCUUUGCAGCGGCUGCGUCAGAUUCGCUCCUUCUUAGCCUUUUCGCGAGCGGACAGGUCCAGCCAAAUUGCCUGUAUUCGAGCUGUCGUGUACGCCGGCGUGCUCUUUCGGCAUCACGGACUCGAUAUCCAGCCUAUCGUGGUGUGGCUGGUAGAUGUCCUGCACUCACUUCAGGCAUCCAUGCACCAGGACCGCGAUACAUCCGAGCUGUUUUCGGUGCGACGUGCCGACCAAACGAUGCGCGAAGCCUCGCGCAUGAUGGCUGUCCUAAUCCGCUCCGUCCACCACCUCGUCACGCACGCGUCGAUGAAGUCGGACCCGUCCACGCCCUACCCUCCGCUGGGCCUACUGCAUCCCGCCUGGACCGACCAGCUCAUACGGUCAGGCGAUAUGGCGCCCGAAGUCGCCAACGAAGUGCUCGGCUUGAUCCGUGUAUACCUCGACACGCGCGCUGCGAGCGUGUGGCCACAUGUAUCCGUCGCCGCCGACGACGACGACGAAUUCGACGACGCAUGGUGGACGGAUCCAGGCUUGGCUGCCCUCCUCGGCGAGGAUCCGCAGCCGCCCAUCGAUACCCAGCUGGCUGAGCAAUUGCACACACACUUGUCGCCCGCCUUGUUCCAAUGGCUCAUGACGGGUGAGCCAUCGACGCCGCGCUCCAUCUCGCCCUUGGAGCGCCUCAUGGCGCGGGCGGAAGAGGACGAGCGCUACGCCAUGGUCGUCGACAACUGGGCGUCUUGUGCGCAUGUGCUCGUAUACCACCGCCGACGCGCUUGGCACGCUUAUCUCACGCUGGGCAACGAAUCCUGGAAGCGCCUGAGCCAUCCGAUCCGCAAGCGCGACGUGGCUGUGCGCUUCGUCGUGCGCAUGGCCCACUUGGACGAAGCCGCCUUUGUGGAGCAUGUGAGCGAAUGCAUCGCCAUCUGGUUCCAGUGCAUGGCUGCCUGUCACGUCACGAUGCAGCCCGCUCUGACGCGCCUUUUGGCGCGACACGCCGACGUGUUCCGCGGUGUCUGGGUGGAAGAUGAUGCCGAUGCGUAUCGGGAACGACGUGCCGCUGUGCUGCAGCAGGUCCUCACACAGAUGCAGGCGGCGUAUGCCCCCUCCCAAGGCUUUGUGAUCCAGUGCGUGUCUGCCCUGCUGUCGUCUAUACGGGCGUACGCGGAGCAUGUUCAUGACGAGGCCUACUGGUCGUGGUGUCACGCGACACUGCACGCCGUCUCGACGUAUGCGGAUGACCGCCUCUUGCGGGGGAUACGGACGGAAUUACACGCGACACUCUCCUACCUAGCAACGCCGCGCUCGUCACACCACGGAGCCAUACCCUGA